UUAUAGAAUCGAAAGGCUACCGGUCGGUGGUGGUAGACGCAGACUUUUGAAUGCUGAGCAGGAGGCAGCCAUUGUGAACAUGGUUCUGGCAAAUAAUGCCAUUAGGCUGCAUGAAAUCAGGGCAGCAGUGAUUGCAGAUCAGGGGGUAUUUCGAAAUGUAAAUACUGUGAGUGAGACAACAAUUGCCCGUGUCCUCAGUAGGAACAACAUGGCUAUGAAACAGCUCUACAGAGUUCCCUUCCAGAGGAACUCUGAUGCUGUGAAGGAGGCCAGAUGCCAAUAUGUGGAGCGUAUCAUGGAGCUUGAAGCUGAGGGGGCACAUCAUAUUUUCAUCUAUGUCGAUGAAGCCGGCUUCAACCUCUGUAAAGUGAGGCACCGUGGGAGGAACCUCAUUGGGCAUAGGGCCACUAUUACAGUUCCAGGGCAGAGGGGCGCCAACAUUACUAUGUGUGCUGCUAUUUCUAAUGAUGACGUCCUCAGCCAUAUUCCAGCUGUUGGCCCCUACAAUAGUGAGCGCCUCAUUGCAUUCUUGGACACCCUGCAUGACAGGCUCACAUCGCCUCAGGAAAGAGGGCUGUUGAGGCCUGAGGAAUUCUUCAGUGCAUGGAGAUGGAAGGUAUACGACCACCACCCCUAUGAGCAGAUGCCCUUGCUCGAUGCAAUGACCGCUGCUGCCCAAGACAUAGAUGCAGAGGCAUGCCAAGGAUGGAUAAGGCAUGCUAGAAGAUUCUUCCCUAGGUGCAUCACAAGGGAAAAUAUUGAGUGUGAUGUAGAUGAGGCCAUGUGGCCUAUUCAUCAAGAGAGAAUAGACUAG